AUGGGGCGGCUGCCCCGGCCGGUGGCCGGGCGAGGUGGCCCGCCCGAGGCCAGGCGGUUCUCGCCCCCCCCUCCCCGCCCCAGCUUCGAGCUGCCGGGGGCCCCCAUCGACAACAUCGAGGUGAGCGGCGGCGGCGUGCUGGUGGCGGGCGGCAGCUGCGUCUACGAGCUGGGGCCCGAGCUGGGGCUCCGCCGCCGUGUGAUGCCGGCGACGGAGGAGCAGGGCUGCGGGGAGCCCCCCGACGUCCGCAGCAACCUGCUGCUGGCCUACGAGGAGUCCCGCGGGGUGGGCGUCGUGCUGACCGGCUGGACCCAGACGAACGGCCACUGCGAGGUGUGGGAGCAACCGACCUACCACCUGCGCGUCAACCGCAGCGAGGUGGUCAGCUGCCUGCCCGAUGGCUCCACCGCCGGCGUCGUCUUCCAGGUGGCCAACGUCUGGUACCUGGCGUUGGCGGCCACCUACUCGGCCCUCCCCUACAGGAGCCGUCUGAAGUGCGAGCCCUCCCAGUCGGACGAGGCGACCGUCAUCACGGUGCGCAGAGUGGUCGACCUGUUGACCAAGGAGGAUCUGGGCAUCAUCAAGCGCAAGAACGAGCCUUUGCACUUCGUCGACGCGCUCCAGUGGGGGGAUCACUUCUUCUUUCCCUACUACAAGUUGAAGGCCAGGGAGGCCAACAACACGGAGCCACCGAGCAUGGCUGUCCUGCACCAGCUGCACAGCCCCUCGGAGGGUGGCCUUACUUUGAAAGGGCACGUGUAUUUGGAGUGCGGGUGCAGGGGCCUCAUCGUUUCCUCCAGCCUUGUCCGCCAGGGUGAACGGGGCUGGUGGGUGGGUGUUUUCCGCCACAGUCGCGACCCUGAGGCCUUGAACGACAAGGCCUGGAACGACACCGCCGUCUGCAUCUUUGGGAUGGAGGAGGUGAAGAAGCAAGCCUGUGCGUUGUCGCACUUCGACGUGGUCGGGAAGAGCUGCGAGGCACAAUCAAUCAAGAAAUUACCUACCUUGAUUCACUCUGGAUUGGUGGUUGUUUAUGGCACAGUUGUUUUGAAUCAGAUAGUUCUCUUUUUGGGGACAGAUGAUGGACAGUUACUGAAGACUGUUCUUAAUAAGCAUAUGGAAUCCAGUUGCCCAGAGAUUUUAUAUGAAAUUGAGGAAGAAACGUCCAUUUUCCCCAAGCUUCGACUUGAUCCAGUAGACAAUAACUACAUCUAUUUGUCCUCUGCCAAUAAGGUGAGAAGAAUACCAGUUGCAAAUUGUGGUAGAUAUGUUUCCGAGCAAGAAUGCUUAUCUGCAAAGGAUCCCUACUGCGGGUGGUGUUCUUUCAAUCAAAGGUGCACGUUAAAAGAAAAUUGUGCACGUUCAAACAGCGUAAAGGAUUGGUAUAACAUUUCACAUGCACCUGAUAAAGAUCUGGAAAUCCUGCUAAGUUUCCCUGGCAAAAAUCAGGUUGCUGUGGCUGCAAGCAUAAGAAAAAUUCUUACUUUCUGUGUGAUAAAAAUUGUAAAACCUGUGGAAGUAUUUUAUGAAAAUGUAGUGCUGCAAAACUCAUCUUGUUUCUGCAAUCUAACUACUGCAGAGAUAACGGAUGAUGAUUGUCUAGUUCUUGAAGCAUCACUGUCCUCAAGCUCAUGGAAUCUCACACAAACAUUUCAGUUGAAAAACUGCUCACAGUGUAUACACAAGCAUGAGUGUGCCAGCUGUAAAUGGAUGCGUGUCUCUCCUGCCACCACCUGCCAGGAUAGUUGUAAUGCAACUGCUUCCAAGGAGGUUGCCGCUGCACAGAAAACAGAGCGUAUCAGCAUUCAUUCCAUUGAACCUUUGUGGAUUUCUACAUUAGGCAAAAGUGAAGUAACAGUCAAAGGAGAAAACUUUACACGUGCAUCAGGCAUAAAAAUGAUACUGACUGGAAUGACUGGCUGUAAACCAGAAAUCAUUAAAGUUAGAAAUGUGCUAAAUGACACACAAAUGACAUUUGCUCUCCCACCAACACGUAAAGAGGCCAAAAGUAUAUGUAUACAGGCUAAUGGGAAAAAAUGUUCACCGCCAAUGACUCUACAUUAUGUUUCAGUACCAUUAUGUUUUGGAAUCACACCAAAUACCUCCUGGAUCAGUGGUGGUCGCAAAAUUACUACAAUUGGUAGAAAUUUUAAGGUGGUGGACCGUGUGAUUAUUUCAGAUGACCAGAGAUCAAACCUCACCGUCUCUAGGUAUCCUGGAAAUGAAUCUGAAUAUCAUUACUUAACGCCAAGCCUGAGCCAUGCAACAGAGGGCAAAGUUGUUGAUCUGAUGUUAAAAGUGGAAACUACCUUUAUACCAUGCUUCAGAUUACGCUAUCAUCCUGACCCAGUGUUCAUUAACUACCAGCUCCACACUGAGUUGGAUCCUGAUCUGGAAUUAAAAAUAUAUAAAGAAAAUGACAACCUGAAUAUUUCUAAAACUGAGGUAGAGGUUUAUCUGUCAUAUAUGAAUGGUGCACAGACCAAAAAGAUAUGGUUCAGCGUCCAAAAUAUUACCAAAAAACCAGACCGUAGUACCAUACUGUGCAAAUUCAAAAGGGAAGCAACAGACAAGAUUGACUUUUCCACGGUGAAAGUUUUUGUCAAAUUAGGAAAUUUUGAGCAUGAAGUCAAACCAACAUCGUCACACAUAUAUUUAUAUGUUCUUAUUUUGCUACCAAUUAUAGUGGGUGUCAUUAUAGUGGCAUUUGUAGUUACUAGAUACAAAUCCAAAGAGUUAACUCGUAAACAGAGUCAGCAACUUGAACUGCUGGAAUAUGAGAUUCGGAAGGAAAUACGUGAAGGAUUUGCUGAGCUGCAGAUGGAUGAAUUAGAUGUGGUGGAUAGUUUUGGAACUGUUCCCUUCCUUGACUACAAACACUUUGCUCUUAGAACUUUCUUUCCAGAGUCAGGAGGCUUUGCAUCCAUCUUCAGUGAAGACAUGCCACAGAGCAGAGACCAAACGAGCAAGGAUGAAAGCUUCAACAUGUUGCAUGCUUUAAUUUGUAACAAGAACUUUCUUGUUACUCUCAUUCACACCCUUGAAAAGCAGAAAAAUUUCACUGUGAAAGACAGGUGCUUGUUUGCAUCCUUCUUGACUAUUGCACUACAAACUAAGCUAGUUUAUCUAACCCAUAUUUUGGAAGUGUUGACAAAGGACUUGAUGGAGCAAUCGAGCAAUGUACAGCCUAAGCUCCUGCUCAGGCGAACCGAAUCUGUGGUAGAAAAAUUGCUAACAAACUGGAUGUCUGUCUGCCUUUCUGGAUUUCUCCGGGAGACAAUUGGUGAACCUUUCUAUUUGCUAGUGACAACCCUCAAUCAGAGGAUAAACAAAGGACCUGUCGACGCAAUAACUUGCAAAGCCCUGUACACGCUUAACGAAGACUGGCUGCUGUGGCAAGUGUCUGAAUUCAAAACAGUGACAGUGAAUGUUAUCUUUGAAAAAAUCCCAGAAAAUGAGAGUGGAGAUGCCUGUCAGACUAUCCAAGUUAAUGUUCUGGACUGCGACACCAUAGGCCAAGCCAAAGAGAAGAGCCUUCAGGCUUUCCUUCAUAAGAAUGGCUUUCCUUAUGGUCUUCAGCUGGAUGAGAUUGGUCUUGAACUUGUGUCUGAGGAGCAGCAAAGAGAAUUGUUGGAUAUUGAUGGAUCCUCAGAAGUGAUGGAGGAUGGGAUAAGGAGGCUAAAUACCAUCAGCCAUUAUGAGAUUUCAAAUGGAGCAACCAUAAAAGUCUUUAAAAAGAAGACAAGUACCCGAUCAGAUGUGGACUACUCAGAUGAACACUGUCAUUUGAUUUUACCAGAUUCUGAAGCAAACAAAGACGUGAAAGGAGCAGGUCACAAAGGAAAGCAAAAAUUCAAAGUGAAAGAAAUGUAUCUGACAAAGCUUCUGUCAACCAAGGUUGCAAUUCAUUCAGUUGUUGAAAAGCUCUUCAAGAGCAUUUGGAGUUUACCCAACAAUAAAGCGCCUGUUGCCAUCAAGUACUUUUUUGACUUUCUGGAUGCCCAGGCUGAGAGCAAAAAAAUUACUGACCCUGAUGUGGUGCAUAUAUGGAAAACCAACAGUCUUCCUCUUCGCUUCUGGGUGAACAUACUGAAGAAUCCCCAGUUUGUCUUUGAUAUUAAGAAGACUUCACAUAUAGAUGGCUGUUUGUCUGUAAUCGCACAAGCUUUCAUGGAUGCCUUUUCUCUAGCAGAACAGACACUGGGGAAGGAAGCACCAACAAAUAAACUUCUCUACGCUAAGGACAUUCCACUCUACAAGAAGGAGGUGAAAGCAUACUAUAAAGCCAUCAGGGAUCUGCCUCCUUUGACCACUGCAGAGGUUGAAGAAUUUCUAACUCAGGAAUCUAAGAAACAUGAAAAUGAAUUUAAUGAGAAAGUGGCCUUGAUUGAAAUCCACAGAUACAUAGUGAAAUACUAUGAUGAGAUUGUCAGCAAACUCGAGCGAGAACGGGGGUUUGAAGAAGUCCAGAAACAGCUCCAGCAAGUAAAAGCCUUAUUUGAUGAAAAGAAAAAAUGCAAAUGGCUUUGAGCAGAGCACUGGCUCACAGCGUCACUGUGGGGGAUUUUAAAUAAGCGCUACUGCUCCCAAAACUGUUCUGACUGACUAUAUGUACAGGGUUUGAAACAUUUGGACACUCUUCUCCACUCUGACCCUUCCAAGUAAUAUCUACGUUUGGGAAUGAAGCACGGGCAGGGUAAUGUAUUCAAACGUGGGCACGUGAAAGCGAAAGUGAGUCUAAUGUUGGCAGGGCCAGCAUUUUUUAGGUACUUUGAACACACAUACCUUUUGGUUCAAAAACAUGGCCUGCGUAAGCUUUCUGCUUACUUGAAAGCGAGCUCGUAGGAGAUGCACAAAGCACACUGCAAGUUCAGGGUGCCCGUGUGAACUUGUAAGUUCCUACUUGUAAGUAGCUUUUUUUUUCUGAAGAGAGAAAGCUGAUGUUGCCCCACAUCCUUUCAGCAGCCUUUGCAAACUGUCUGGAUGAGCUCCGGCUGCAGAAUACGGGUCAGCUGCAGUUUCCUACCUUCCAGACAAAUGUACACUGGUUCCUGUUUGGAGAAAAGGAGAAAAAAAAAAAACAAAAAAACAGCACCAAAGUGACACUUAGGACAAGUGUGUUUAAGGAGCAAAAGUGGCUCUGAGGUUUGAAGGCCAAAUGUCACAUGGCAGGACUUCUCUUCCUUAGGUUAGAAAUUCCACAUGCAAAGAGAGGCCGACCACUGAGCAGGGGGGAGGGAGGCUUUUGGAGGAAGGCCCUAGAGCGCCAGGGGUCCGUGUUUACACUUGUACCUUUCCAUCCAUGAAGCUGUGAAACGCUCCUGAGCAGCUUCACACGUGAAGCCUCCGGUGCAGCUGCUCCGCCUGGGCCCAGUGCUGUGGUGUGAUGGAGCAGCUGACCAUGGCUGCCCUUCCCAGCACAAACCUGUGCUGGGGUGCAGGAUGGGCCCGGCCAGCCCCGGACCAGGGACUCACAAACCUAAAGCCAGCAGAUACUGUUUUUCUUUCCAGGUUGUCCACACAAAGGCUGUGUCUAAAGAGGGUAAGAGCAGGAGGGCUGGGGUUGUCUCUGUACGAGACACGGAUACACAGGUGGUGGCUGGGGAGGGGGUAACUCUCUGCCUUAGUCCUGCUGGGCUGGUUUUUGGGGCUUGGCCUUUUUCAGAGGAGGGCGGCCAUGACAUUUGCAUUGGUGGCUAAAGUUAGCCUGGCUGGAAAGCAGGUGCGUGGCCACGCUGCUGAGAAGAGGCUGGUGCAGUGGCGACUGUGCAAAGCCGUGGAGGAACGGCGGUGGCUUUGGCUCGGCUACCGCACCGGCACCGUCCUACCUCCCACUGCACACCUGAGAGCUUCUGUUGCCGUGGGCUCGGCGCCAGUCACGUGGAGGCACUUCCUGAGGCUCCCUUAGACUUGAGGUAAGAUGUCGAUGAGAUGGUGAUAGGUUUCCAGAGGAACCCAUGGCGUAGCAGAGUGGCCCACAGGCGAGGGAAGAGCUGUCCCUCCCCGGGGCAGUGGUGAGGAUGCCCCAGGCUGUGGGUGGCACAGACAGCCCAGAGUUUAGUGCAGAGAGCCUGUGCUGGGGCUGUGACCAGCCAGAGGCUCCCUGGCAGCCCCCGAGGCUGCAGUCCUAAAGCUGGCAGGUCUGGCUGCAGUGGCUGCCAGAAGCAGGUACCAGGCACAGUCCCCCAGCACCGGUGAACAUUAACCACGCUUUGGCCACCUCUUCAUGUGGGGCCAGCAAACACAGGAAGACGUUGCCUACUGGUCUGCCCCCCCUCCCCACCACGCGAUUGCACAAGUUGUCCCUCCUGCGGCUCGGUGAGGGCAGCCACCAACCCAUACUGUGAUGGCUUUUUGUUGUUGUUGUUGUUUUUAAUUCAAGUCUUACACUUGCUAUUAAGUUUACACUUUAUACUUGAUGGAAUGUAUGGCUUUGUUCAGGAAACUGCACUACAGUGUUGCAGUACUUUCAGUAGUUCUAGUCUCUGCCUGGCACAAUAAAUUGGUGGUAAGUUUAGUUUUAACUGGGGAAAUAAGACCCACCCCAACCCUAACCUUGUCUUACCCUCCAUCCUAAAGGAGUGGUCCAUGGCUUGAGUAGCACUUAAGCUUAGAAUACCUGUACUUAAGGGCUUGAUUUUUAUCAUUCUUAAUCUAACCUUUUAAAGCAGCAUCAAUUAAAUAGAGAAAAAAAAAGCACAGUAAUUAAUGUGAAAGGAGGGGCAUGAGCACAUCACUCUUUCCAGUUAGACGUCUCAGCAGUUCCACUCCAGUUCAGGUGUUUGCUGGCAGUGCAUUUGAAUGAACUGUGAUAGUUUUGGUCAACAGUAACCUUCUGUACAGGCAGAAAAAACAAAAAACCCCAACAUUUCUGCUUUAAAAAAAAAAAAAAAAAAGCUGUAAAAUAUAAUCUGUUUACGUGGGUCUGAUCCUGUGAACUUCACUAUAUGUGUUUAUAUGAUGAGGAAACGAAAACCAGUCCUAUUCUGUAUUUGUACUACUGCUUGUUUGCUACAAUAGCUUUAAUGAUUUCUAGAGAUUAAGUAUGUGUUGAAGCAGGCCCUGUAGCUUUUUAGCCGAGGGCCUGGAAUAGGAUUCUUGCCUUUUAUUGAAGCCUCCUCAACAGCGUCACUCUGUUAGUAAACCAUUUUGAAGUCAUGCUGGGACUUUUGUAACCCGUGGAGUGGGUCUCACGAAGUGAUGUGAAGUAUAAUGAAGUGAUUGUGGCUCUUUUGGUAGGUUUGGGUCAGCACACACACACACACAAAAACCAAAUCCAUUGGCACAUCUUCCCUCUCUGCCAUUCGCUGUUAGUGGUACCCGGACAGAAACAAACAAACAAACAAAAGACCCACCUCUGACUAAAGCUGUGUUACAGCAGCCCGACAAUUCCAACAGCCUGCUCUGAAACAAAAAGCAAACUUCUCUUUUACCUGAUUUUUUCACAUGUUUACAGGCAAACUGCUAUGGCAAACAGCGUAUUUUCUAACACUAGCUUACAGAGCAUUAUUUUGCAGUCAUCUAGUUUGAAGUCAACUCCUACUAAUGUGUAAAGUAAUUCCUGUUGUACAGAAGUGAAUCUGUUGUUUAAAAAUGAAUGGUUUAAAAAAAAAAAGUGCAAAUGACAAAUACAUGUUGAUGUUUGUAUGGGUUUAUCUAGAAUAAAAUGCAUUUGGAGGUUA